AUGAAGGCACAAUGCUGGUUUACAAACAAGGGGGCGAAUGUUGUAAGUGAAGAAGCAAAGAAACCAGAAGAGGGCUCACUCUUUAUGAUGAGUGCCAGGCUUAAAGGUGAAGAACAAACGGCAGCAACUGUCUGGCUUCUUGACAAUGGCUAUUCCAAUCACAUGAUCGGAGAUCGAGACCUCUUCAAACAACUUGAUGAUAGACCCAAGCAGAAGGUUCGACUUGGAGAUGGGAAGGCUCUUGAAGUUAAGGGAAUAGGUAUUGUUUCUCUUCGUGCAAGCUGUGGGAGAAAGAAUGACAUUAAAGGAGUGCAAUUUGUACCUCAGUUGGCACACAACCUUCUUAGAGUAGGACAACUAAUGUCCUGUGGAUAUUCUGUGUUGUUUGAAGAUGAAGAAUGCAUCAUUAGAGACAAGAAGACCACCAAGGAGAUUGCAAGGGAUAUUGGUAUAGCUCAUGUGACUCAAGGGGUGCUAGAGAAGUCCAAGCACUGGCACAAUCAAUGCUGGCAUAUAAAUCCAUCUAGUCUCAAGUUGAUGGCACAUCAGUCACUUAUAGAAGGACUUCCAAACAUCACACAUGUUGAUAAAUAUGAACCAUGUGCACUAGGGAAACAUCACAGGCUUGCAUAUCCAAAGCAUGAAGCAAAACGAGCUCAAGCUCCACUAGAACUGGUGCAUGGGAACUUAGCCGGGCCCAUGCAGACACCUACACUUGGUGGGAUAGAGCGACAGUUGACAGCGCCGUACUUGCCUCAGCAGAAUGGCGUCGCUGAGAGGAAAAACUAUAUAGUGACUGAGAUGGCAUGGACCAUGCUCAUGUAG